GGGGGCUGACCGGAAACGGAAGCGCUGCUGAUGCUUCCGCUUCCGGGGUCACGUUUCUCUGUUGCUAGGCAAUAGCGGUCCGGAAGGAGGCCUUGCUUGGGCGACCGCAUGGAGGCCCGGGAGCUCUUCCGAAGACUCGGCGCCGGCGCCCGCUUCGACGUGAGGCGCUUCGCCGGGGACGCCCGGCGCUUCCGGGUGACCCGAACCAAGAACAAGGAAUCCGAAGCAUCGGAGGUUUUGGAGGAGCUCGACUUUUUUGCUGACAAAAACAAAGAGCUGCUAAAUACUCCUGAUAUAGGAAGAAACAAGCCCCCCAAAUCCCAAAGAGGAGCCAGAGAGCAGCUCGGAUUGCACACUCAUGAUGAAACAAAUGAGUCUGUGGGGCUACAGAAGACAAAGGUUGUAAAAAAGAUAAAAGGAGAAGCUCAGAGCAUCAAAGGGAGGGGAAAAAAGAAAAAGACUCAAGAAACGCCUCUGGUAAUUCCUGGUACAGAAGAUGACGGGAUAUUGUGGAUGUCUGCUCUGGAAGCGAAGCUCGGUGUUCCAAAAAAGAAGGGUGAGACGAAGCCCACUGCAGAGAAACUGGAACGAGCCAGACAAGAAAAGCUCAACCAUUUCCGGAAGAAGCACAAGAUCUACAUUCAGGGAUCUGAUCUUCCAGAACCAAUUGCUACCUUUGAGCAACUGGGAGAAGAGUACAAAAUCCACCCAAAGAUAAUGCAGAAUAUUGAAGCGGCGGGAUUCCGGAUUCCCACCCCAAUUCAGAUGCAGGCUGUUCCGACGAUGCUCCACGGUCGUGAGCUUCUGGCCUGUGCUCCCACGGGUUCUGGGAAGACGUUGGCUUUCAGCAUCCCCAUCUUAACACACCUGAAACAACCGACCAACAAAGGUUUCAGAGCUCUUAUCCUAUCUCCCACACGGGAGCUGGCCAGCCAGACGCACAGAGAGCUGGUUAAGCUGUCAGAGGGCACUGGCUUUAGGAUACAUAUGAUCCACAAGGCUGCCGAGGCGGCCAAGAAGUUCGGGCCAAAAUCCUCGCAGAAAUUCGAUAUACUGGUAACGACCCCAAACCGACUUAUUUACCUGCUGAAACAAGACCCUCCAGCAAUCGAUUUAAGCAGGGCCGAGUGGCUGGUUGUUGACGAGUCGGACAAGUUGUUUGAAGACGGGAAGACGGGCUUCCGAGACCAGCUGGCCACCAUCUUCCUGGCGUGCACGUCCCCCGCGGUCCGGAGAGCCCUGUUCAGCGCCACGUUUGCCCACGACGUCGAGCAGUGGUGUCAGCUCCACCUGGACAAUGUCGUUUCCGUCUCGAUCGGAGCCAGGAAUGCGGCCGCUGAGACGGUGGACCAAGAGCUGGUGUUUGUUGGAUCGGAGAUGGGGAAGCUGCUGGCCGUGCGAGAGCUCGUGAAAAAGGGUUUUACGCCUCCCGUCUUGGUUUUCGUCCAGUCCAUCGAGCGGGCUAAAGAACUUUUCCACGAGCUCAUCUAUGAAGGGAUCAACGUGGACGUCAUCCACGCAGACCGGACCCAACAGCAGAGAGACGACGUAGUCCACAAUUUCAGAGCAGGGAAGAUUUGGGUCCUCAUCUGCACCGCCCUGCUGGCGCGAGGAAUCGACUUCAAAGGGGUGAACAUGGUGAUCAACUACGACUUCCCGAGCAGCGCCGUGGAAUACAUCCACCGGAUCGGUCGCACGGGCAGAGCAGGACACGCAGGGAAAGCCCUUACUUUCUUCACCGAAGACGACAAGCCAUUACUGCGAAGCAUCGCCGGUGUGAUUGAGCGAGCCGGUUGUCCUGUGCCGGACUACAUCAAACACUUGCACAAGCUGCAAAGCAAGCAGAAGAAGAAGCUGAUCAAGAGGCCCCUGGAGAGGGACCACAUCCUGACCUCGCCUCCGUUCUUACUGGGCCAGGCCAAGAGGAGAAAGACGGCCUCUCGGGGAAAGGCAAAGAAGGAUGUUCAGCAAGCUAAAAGUAACAGUCCCCAGGCACAGAUCCCUCCGGCAAAUUGAUUUGGCUGCUUGCAUUAUCCGUCCAAAUAAGCCCGGAUCCCUUGUUUCUCCGGACCGCGGGUGCUGCCACCCAAAUCAACUGGCUGGAGUUUGGAAGAGAAUAAGGAACGUUCCUCGCCUCGUCGUCCUCGCCUCGCCUUUUCAACUCCGUGCUCAGAUAAAAACAGCCCCCGCCAGGAUCGCCAUACGCUCGAAUCCUCGGUUGCUUCUGCUUUUUGUAGGGAACAGAUUCUGGGGCCCGAGUGCGGGUGCAAGACCCAAGUCCCUGCCGCGCAGGCCUCUCACUGCAGCCCUGCGGGAGAGUGAAUGUCCGGUUUGUACUGGAGAAUCGGCAAUAAUCCGGCAGAAUAAUUCGGCAGAACAAAUCGGCAGGUCCUACCCGCAUUAAACCCCUUCUGGCUGGGUUUAUGGCCUGCAGCAAUUCUCCUUGGCCUGGGUGACAGUAGGCUCUUGUGUGUUGCUGUGCCUGGAAACUUUGAUGCCUGCACUUCUCCAGUAAAGUGCCCGCCUUCCAGCUC